AACUAGCAACAUUUAUGCUCCUCUACCUUCUCUCUGACUCUCUACUAGUAAUACAGUACUAUACUACUCUUCUUCUUCCUUCCAACCUCCUCAACUCCAAACCAACACCUCCCCAAUAAAUCCAUCCAACCCCAUCACACAAUCACCACCAUCUUCUCCAUCUCGUUUUGUCAAACCAAACCAUACAAUCAGAAGCAGCAGAAGCUAGCUAGAUAUAGCUACUCCAGCCAUGGCGCCGCCACGGUGCACCGCUCUACUGCUGCUGGCGUCUCUCCUCCUCUUCUUCCUCUGCAUCUCAGCUACUCAUGAGGCUGCGAGAACAGCAUCAGGCCAACCGAUCCAAGAACAAGAACAAGAACAGCAUGGCAAGGUGGAGGAGGAGACGAUGGCGGCGAGCUUCGCGGCGGUGGAAGAGCAGUGUGGAGGGGAAGAAGGAGAGGAGGAGGAGUGCUUGAUGAGGAGGACGCUGGUGGCGCACACAGACUACAUCUACACCCAGGGAAAUCACAACUGAUAGUUAGUACAAUCUACUACUAUAUGGUAGCCUAGCUCAUGCAGCAGCGAAAAUUGGAUGAAUUUACAAUUCGCUUUGAUUUCUGUUUGCUCCAAUCAGUUCACUUUCACUGUGACUGAUUGAUGUCAUCUUAUCUUAUCCAAUCAUUAAUUGCUGCUGCUGACUUCUCUCUGUAUGAUCAAUGGAUCAAAAUGCGUGUCAACUUCAGGGUUUUUUUUUCCAGAUAAUGUCUCCUCAGUUAUAUAUAGUAUAUCAUAUCACAGGUGUUCUUUCAA